UACAUACCUCGGUACAGUCAGUCUGUCUCUGUAUAUCCGAACGUACGGACGUACGUCGCUGCGUCGUGGUUACUGCACGCGAGCUUUCGAAUUUUACCUUCCUUACCUGUGGAUUUUCAGUGACAUGUGUUUUUAAAAAAUAUACGCUACUGUGAUUUUAUCUUGGAUUGGCUCUGUAUCUUCGUGGAGUGUAUAGUUCCAGGGUAAACACAUAUUCAAGAUUUCGUCCAAUUGAAAUUAAAGAUUACGAGAAGCUGCCAAAUCUACAUAAUCUCAAUACUUUAUAAAUUUCAAGUAUCGAAACAUGGACGAGAAAUGCUUAGAGCAGAACCAGAAAUGAAACAGAGGACUAGAAAAAAAGUUGCAAAGUAUUGGCAAGAAAGUGCGAGAUUGUAGCCAAAACGGUCACCAAAGACAUGUGAAGUACAUUAGAAGAUAUAGAGAAACUUUCAUAUCCAAUAAAGCAUAUCUCCUUGAAGUUUGGAACAUAUCUCGUUAUUUUAUACUAGUCACCUUUUGUGAUUAUAGAUAGUAAAAUCGUAUUGCUCAAAUUCAAAAUAUUCAAUUUAGUUCUUUUAAAUUUUUAAAUGACGAGCCCGUCUUUUUAAUCCAAUCGGCAGAAAGAUAACAGAGAUUUGAGAUGAAAUAUUUUACCAUGUUCUUCUUGAGAAGACGAACAUUAAUUCUCAAGGCUGUUUUAAUACUAACAGCAUUAUGGUUUAUGGUAGCGUUACUGACUACAAAUGGAGGCUCGAGAAAUUCUAUUGUAGCUCCUGCAGUGGAAUAUGAUGAUGCUGAGGCAAAACCACUGAAAAUAGCCAAACCCACUUCAGUUAAAAGAAAAAGCGAGUCAUAUGGGAAUAAUCUAUCUGAUGCACAGACACGUGUCAAUUGGAUUGGUCGUCUUAUGGGAGAUGAAGGACUGGGUGUUAUAGCUGCCCCUGGCUCGGACAACGCUCCCGGUGAACUUGGCAAACCGGUUGUACUGCCCAAGAAUAUCAGCGAGGAUACAAAAUUAGCAGUUUCCGAAGGAUGGAAAAAGAAUGCAUUCAAUCAGUAUGUCAGUGAUCUCAUAUCGAUCAGAAGGAAGCUACCAGAUCCAAGGGAUGAAUGGUGCAAACAACCAGGUCGCUACCUAGAAGACCUUCCUCAGACGUCUGUAGUCAUAUGUUUCCAUAAUGAAGCGUGGUCAGUUCUACUCAGAACUGUACAUUCUGUGUUGGAUCGAUCACCGCCACAUUUAAUAAAGGAAAUUGUUCUCGUCGACGAUUUUUCUGAUAUGCCACAUUUAAUGCAACAACUAGAUGACUACAUGUCCUCACUUCCUAAAGUUAGGAUAGUACGAGCACCUCGUCGCGAGGGUCUCAUAAGAGCUAGAUUACUCGGUGCUCGAUACGUCACUGCUCCAGUGUUGACGUAUUUAGAUAGCCAUUGCGAAUGUACAGAAGGUUGGUUAGAACCAUUAUUGGAUAGAAUAGCUCGUAAUAAAACAACAGUAGUAUGCCCUGUUAUUGACGUUAUUGACGAUAAUACUCUUGAGUACCACUACAGAGACUCAUCCUCUGUUAACGUUGGUGGAUUUGAUUGGAAUCUACAAUUCAAUUGGCAUCCAGUACCAGCUAGAGAGCGUGCUAGACAUCAUCAUACAGCGGAACCAGUGUGGUCUCCAACAAUGGCUGGAGGACUUUUUGCUAUUGAUAAAGAAUUUUUUGAAAGACUGGGAACAUACGACAGCGGUUUUGAUAUAUGGGGUGGCGAAAACCUAGAACUCUCGUUCAAGACUUGGAUGUGCGGCGGUACAUUAGAGAUUGUUCCAUGCUCUCAUGUAGGUCACAUAUUUAGGAAACGAUCACCUUAUAAAUGGCGCACGGGCGUCAAUGUGCUAAAGAAGAAUUCAGUUCGUCUUGCUGAGGUAUGGCUAGACGACUACGCUAAGUACUACUAUCAGCGCGUUGGCAACGAUAAAGGAGAUUACGGCGAUAUUACAAGCAGGACUUUGUUAAGAGAAAAACUCGGCUGCAAAUCCUUUGAAUGGUACUUGAAGAAUAUUUACCCUGAGCUGUUUAUUCCUGGAGAAUCCGUUGCCCACGGCGAGAUACGAAAUGUUGGCUUCCAAAAGUUAUGUUUGGACUCGCCGACACGCAAGUCAGAUCACCAUAAGCCCGUCGGUCUUUACCCGUGUCAUCGGCAGGGAGGAAAUCAGUAUUGGAUGUACUCCAAAAAUGGUGAAAUACGGCGAGACGAGACUUGUCUUGAUUAUUCGGGACAUGAUGUUGUCUUAUAUCCUUGCCACGGCGCUAAAGGCAAUCAGCUCUGGCUUUAUGAUCCUAAUACAAAGUUACUAAAACACGGAUCCAGUGAAAAGUGUAUGGCGAUCUCGCGCAACAAAGAUAAAAUUGUGAUGGAGACGUGCAAUGAUGCAGAAAACAGGCAAAUGUGGAACAUGGAGAACUUCAACCCUGAUAGACUUACACCAGAACUUAUAGCCGAGUAGCCAGAGGCCUACGAUGAAGUUUUAUUCAUAUAAGAGCAAGGGACUCAUUUGAAAUUUGACUGUGUGUUAUAAAUCACUCGUUUUCGACUGCAAUGUGUGUUUUGCAAUUGUGUAUAGUGACAAUUGACGGAGCAUUAGAUUUUUCGAUUAAUUGAGGCCAUUUAUUUAUAGACUUUAAGGCUGUUGAUGUACAUUGAUUUAUAUAUAUUGGAAUAAUUUGAGUUAGCAGCUUGUGUAGUCGAAAGUACUGAUCUAGCGAUUGUAACAUAUUGUUCUCACUCGUUAACCCCGUCACAAUUUGGCCUAAAGUGUUUAGGGACUGACUAUCCUAAUUGCUUUAUUUUUGCAAAUAUAGUUCGGCUAUAUAUUUAGUAGUAAUAUGUGUAUUGCAUAUUUUUUGUUUUCCUUGAUUUUAAUUUCUUGUUCUUUAGUUUUUCAGUAAUAAUUUAAUUUUGUACAUUUAUUGCUGCUAUCUUGUGCAAUUUAUUGACAAAGACUUGUAUUCUUUUAAAAUUGUAUUAUAAAUUAAUGUAUAUGAGAAAUUACAUUAAGGUUCCAUUUUUAACGGUUUUGUUAACAAACUAGUGUCUAGCUUACAUAUCUUAAUGUAUUGUAAUAGUAUUCUGUAUGGAGUAUUACUGUAUCAUUAGUUAUUAGAUAGAAUUUUUUGUACAUAUCUGUCUAAAUAUAUCGUUGAAAUAUUUAACUGCUAUAUUUACAAUAUCUAAAUAUUGUGUAUAUUGGUGAUGACUUUAGCUAAUACGAUUUUUUGUGAUUUAUUUAAAACAUUAUAGUCAUUCGACUUACUUAGUAGAAAAUUGUUAAUGUAAAAUAUAAUAGAUAACUAUAAAAAUAUGUAUUGGCUUCAUUAAGUGUAUAUUUUUGUAUUACUCGUUACUUCAUUUAACGAAUUUAUAAUUUAUUUUGUUUUGUUUUAUUUUCCUAUCAGGAAGCGGAAUAUUGUUUAAUUAAUAUAAAGCGACUGAAUUCUAGAAUAACUUAUGAUGUUUAAUAAUGUUGCUUGUUUAUAUGAAAUGUGUUAAUGUUUGUGACAAAAUCACACAAUAUUAUCUUGAUUACUAAGCCCGUUAAACUAUUCUAGCUCUGCAUGAAAAU